CUACCGACCCUGAUUCCAUUGCCAGUCCCAUCUAGUGAGGAGACAACACACCCUGUGCCUCUCAACCCGGGCAGACUGUAUGACAUAGACCCCGACCGCAAUACCAGCAGACAGUUUCUUUUCAGACCCAAGCCGCAGCCACGCGACAUCUCGUGGUAUCUCCUGCACGGAGGAAUAAUAAUCAAUUACUGUGUACAGCAUCGUCUCUCGGUGGCCGCUCGUAUGGAGCUGUAUCAGGGCAGAUGGGAGCUUCUCCCCGUGGAAACCACAGGCUUUGAGGAAUUCAGCGAUGCUAUAGGAUGUCCAAAACAAGGUCGUGAAACGUUCAAGAAACUGGUGUAUGUGGUGGAGUACACGAAACACGGAGAGAUCUGGCAAGCAAGGGCGGAGGUAAAGGGAUUCGGAGAGCCCAAGGAAUACUCGUGGACGCCGGGGGUCGAAUUUGAGUACGAGGGACUCGAUGGAAUGAAGAUGAAGAGCACGAUUACAUGGGACGGAAGUGCAUGCCAGGAGAAACACGCCUCUGAUGCUGGAGAGUGGACCUCGGUCCGGACUGUGGAGGGAGAUUUAAUGACAGUGACAUCGGAAAGCAAAGGAGUCUCAAUGGUUCAGAAGUUUCAACGUGCCUGAUGCCAGCCGAACUUAUUACCACCACGAAACCCUUACUGUACGCCAUUUUGGAAAUGGUAUCAUGGGUACCCGACGUCAGUUUGAAACAGCCGCGACUGUGAUUUUCUGACAAUGCGCAUGCGCAAAGCGGUAUAGAUGUACGCUUAAUAUGCAACUGUUGCCAUGACUACUGUCAGUAUAUGAUUUGAGGAGCAAAAGACACAUCUACUGAGUGCAAUACAUUUUAUGAGCGAUAUCUAUAGCGAUAUCUAUAAUUACUUUAUUAUUUACAUCAGGCUCAUCUUUUGUAAUAAUUUUUAAAUAUGUUUGAAAGCAAAUAUGUCAAUAAUUAUAAUAGGUUUUUCAACGAUAUUCUUUACAUUUUACAUCGAUGCCUAUUGUCCAUCUCUUUCUUUCUUUUUUGAUUUGGGGGUGGGGGAUACGGCGUAUGUUAACAUGAGCAUUUGUUGUGUUACAAUGAAACAAUUAUUGGUUCAUGAAUGAAAAUGUUCACUUAUAUCUAUUUUUAAUAAGUGAUGUGUGUUCAGUUGAUACAGUUGCUUAAUAUGUGUUCACUCUUUACAUCAGUACAAAAUGAAUAUGAUUAGAUGUAAGGUAUGUACUGUUGUAAGGAUUUCUUGAAGUGGGGGUAAACUAACCCUGUAAGGACAGGCAGAUUAACAGCGAUCACACAUAAGUGUUCAGCCUACAGUACACCGUACAGUCAAAUACAGAACAUAGCUGAAACUGAUGUUGAUAUGCUUAGAUAAUUAUACUGUCAAAUAAGUUGUCAGUUUGAAGUUUCUUAUCUACUACUUUUGGCCAUUAAACUGUUAAUUUGAAGUUCCUCAACUGCAGCAUAUAGUUGGAUCAAAUGUCAAUUUGAAGUUUUUAUCUGAUGCUUUUGGUCAUCAAGAAGUAUCAAUUUGAAGUGUUUUUAUCUGCUCUUUUUUGUCAUUAAACUCUCAAACUGAAGUUUUUCACCUGAUGCACCUAGUAGGAUAAACUAUCAAAUUGACGUAUCUCACUUCAUGCAUCUUGUAGGAUAAACUAUCAAAUUGACGUUUCUCACCUGUUGCAUCUAGUAGGAUAAACUAUCAAAUUGACGUUUCUCACCUGUUGCAUCUAGAAGGAUAAACUAUCAUCUUGACGUUUCAAACCUGUUGCAUCUACUGGGUUAAAAUAUCAAAUUGACGUUUCUCACCUGUUGCAUCUAGUAGAAUAUACUAUCAAAUUGACGUUUCUCACCUGUUGCAUCUAGUAGGAUAAACUAUCAAAUUGACGUUUCUCACCUGCUGCACCUAGUAGGAUAAACUAUUAAACUGACGUAUCUCACUUCAUGCAGCUUGUAGGAUAAACUAUCAAAUUGACGUUUCUCAUCUGUUGCAUCUAGUAGGAUAAACCAUCAAAUUGACGUUUCUCACCUGUUGCAUCUAGUAGGAUAAACUAUCAAAUUGACGUUUCUCACCUGUUGCAUCUAGAAGGAUAAACUAUCAACUUGACGUUUCUUAACGAGUAGGAUAAACUAUCAAAUUGACGUUGCUCACAGGGUAGGAUAAACUAUCAAAUUGACGUUUCUCACAGGGUAGGAUAAACUAUCAAAUUGACGUUUCUAACAGGGUAGGAUAAACUAUCAAAUUGACGUUUCUAACAGGGUAGGAUAAACUAUCUAAUUGACGUUUCUCACAGGGUAGGAUAAACUAUCUAAUUGACGUUUCUCACAGGGUAGGAUAAACUAUCUAAUUGACGUUUCUCACAGGGUAGGAUAAACUAUCAAAUUGACGUUUCUAACAGGGUAGGAUAAACUAUCAAAUUGAAGUGUCUGAGCUGUGUGAACGUAUCUGUAUCAUCUACAUGAAUGGGAGUGUAGACGAAUGUGAUCAUGUGACCUGCUCAACAUGCCCUCUGGUUGUACAAAUGUAUGCUAUGAAUGUCACGCUUGGUAUGGCGCAAUAUAACUGGCGCCUUAUAUGUAUGUCCGAUCUCUUUACGCUGAAGACAUUUAAGGGAGACAAUCGCACUUGAUUUGAACAAUAUUGUCGUAGUGUACAGUGCAUUCCUUUCAAUUCACAAUCCUGUGUUCGAUCCUUAUGUUCGACUAUUAAAACAUAUCAGCAAAAUUAUAGCUGUGACAAUGUAGAAGAGGGUUGUUAUAAAACCAAAACCAUUCAGGUGGAGUAGUGGAUAUAAACAAUAGUUUAUUUAUUAUUUGUUUUCUGUUGUUUGGUUAGGUGCCCCAGUGUCAAUAUUCAUUAUCGAUUCAUACGAAAUGAGUUUUCAUUUUGUUCACAUUUACUGGUUGUGAAUGUUCUAAUCAAAAUGUCCAUAUACAAAUAAUACAAGUGAUACCUGGUGUACAAGGAAAUAUAUUUUUGUUCCUAUUUUUAUUUAAAACCAGAACUUUGUCAAUUGACCAACCGUAACAUUUUAGAAUAUUACUGAGUCCAGAAAUUUCCAAACAGAUUCCCAGCGAAGAGGUCCUAUGUUACGAGGUAGUUUAGCACUACUAAUAUCGUUCGUAUGUAGUACGCAGUGUCCUUGAAACAAUAUACCAACCCGUGCAUCCUAUAACAGCUAUUUCACUGCGUCGUGAAUAUAACGGCGGAACUGAAUAAAGUAUGAAUUUACGUGAAAA